AUGGAUAUGCGGGGAGAGAAGUGCUUCCUGGCCCCGAUGGAUAGGCGGGGUAUCACGGGAGUUGUUGGCCGUGGCUGCCUUCUACCAAGAGCGGGAAGGGGGCAGCGAACAUCAAGGCGCGUGGGGUACCGCGUGCACUCUACAUCAUCAGCUGGCGGGGCCCGGAAAUACGUAGCUGUGGGAUGGUGGAGUUCAAAGACACGAGAAAGCCGUCGUGUGCCUGUCUGCUACACCGCUACACCGAGGAACGUCGGGACGCCGAGGGACGUCGGGUGUGGGCGGGUGGGGAGGGAAGCAAAACGGACCAGCCGCGCGGUGGAUUUCCGCGGGCACUAGUUUAUCUUCAUUUUGGUUGGUACCGGAAUGUGUUUUUUUUUUUUUUCUGAUUCUUUUGUAUGUGGCGUUUAGCAGUAAAGGGCGAUAACUUGUAUUGCACGUGAAUAGUCGCAAGUGAGGCGCUGUUGCGGACUUGCAUAGAUCGCUGUGAAUUGCUUGUUGAAAUCCAUGGGUGUUUCUGCCGCCACAUGCUCGAGUUUCACGCGUCACCGCUUGUUUUGUGUUCCCUGUGUGGCCUGUGUGGUUGCAGAAUAAGGGAGGGUGGCGCCGUGCGUGGGUUUUUUGUUUUGGAGAGUGUAAUGCUCAGAGAGUUUUGCGCCCGGCCUGUAGAUAUUCUGCAAUGUGACAGAGUUAUGGUCGUCCACUCAGGUCGUCCACUCAUGAUUGAGGUGGAACUAUUUCGGUCUUGCAGUUGUUGGAUGACGGAGGGCGUUGCCUCUUGGAUGUUGUUGGACUCUCUUUACGGGAGGAGUUUGGUCAUGUUUCCACGAUGUUGCAUGUACCAUGUGUCUGAUUUGUUGAUUGAAUGCUGGACGAUCGCCACGUGUAUGUGCUUCUAGGCAACCAAGUGACUGAGUAGUCUGGUGAAUAAGACCAUGUAACGAGUAAGGAUACGCCGGGAGUUCGAAUCUCACCAGGCGUCGCCUUUGUUCAAGGAAUGAAGAAAGGAAAGCGCCUUUCCGAGAAGGGGAAAGCGACGCGCGUUGUUUGGCACACUAGAGAGGGCGUAUGAAGUCGUCCCCAACUACUAGGCAUGUGUUGCGUAAGGAAGGGCAUACGGCGUGUAGACUAUCAGUGUUGUUCGAGGAGCGGACAAUGGAUAUCAGGUGCAUUGUAGGUGGCUAUUUUGGCCAAGUUUGUCGUACGACCUCACCAGAAAGGUAGGGGUGUGGUUGAUGAUUUGUUUUUGUGCUGCCCAGAGAGGACCUUGUCGAGGCAGCCGAGCGUGGCGUAGAGAGCGAGCCGGGGGCGGUGGUAGAUAUUGUCUUGCCUUGAUGUUGCAGUACGGCCGUUGGAAUCUUUCGUGAUAUGAACGGCGUGAAGGCCUUGAGAUUUGUAAGGGGUUUUGAUCCGAUGGCGGGUUUCCCCUUGUUUCUGAUUUGCGUUGUUUUAGGUGCUUUUCGGAUGUACUCUUCGACGCACGAGUGGUGGUUAUUCACUGGCGUAAAGAACCAAGGGAGGGUGUUCGUGCGUGGAGGUAGAUUAGUCGGAUUGUACCAAAUCACUGGCGGUUUCGUGUACCGCAGAUGGGAUUGCCUUGAGGGCGGCUAGGAGAGACCUUGAGAUACGAGUUGCGGGGCCCCUUGCCGACUGGCUUCGGGCCUGGCACUCUUCCUCCCUCCUUCUCCCUCAUGUCCCCCUACGAUAAUACAUGCCGUUUACAACAAUCUUUGGACUCUGGAGGUCACACAACAAGGGCAUA